GAGGCCGGCGCCCAUGCCAUUCAAAGAAGGGUCCCAGGGCUGCGCCUCUGGGAGCCUGCCGAGCAUGGAGACUGCGACUCUUUUGGCCUAGAGCUUCGCGAGGCGCUUCACCGCAAUCUGGGCGGCUUCGGCCCGGACGAUGGCGAAGAGAGCAUCGUUUACAGGCUCACAGGUGAGAACGGCACAGAGGUCGAGAUGGUGCUUGUAGCACUGAACCAGGAUUUUAAUCCGUGGCACGCCAAAAAGAUGGGCAUUCGAGAUGGGUUCGCCGUCCUGUCUACGUUGGCAUCCAGCAAGCUUGUGGCCAACGUGAGUUUCCGAGCUCCAGAGACCCACAAUCCCCUGGUGCUGCCUCAGUUUGCAUUGUCCUUCUUCGACAUGAACUGGAAGCACAAGGUCAACAGCAAGAAGGUGGUGAGGGUCCUUGAUGUCUCUGGGAAUUGGACGGAUGCUAUCAGAUCGAACGACUCCUCAGUUGCUGUUCAUCAGAACAUGAAUGCCGGCAGCGUGGUCCUGUCCGCGUCGGAACGGGCGGACGCCCUUGAUGGCCCUUCGGAUCCGAAGCACCUGAGCCCCGCGCACUUUAGGCGAAGCGUUUCUGUGCGUUUCUCGAAUGUUCGGAGCUUCAAGCUUCAGCUCGAGACUGGCGAGCGGGACAACCAUCAGAUCUUCCAGUUCGCUCCGGAAGCAGCCUUGCUGUGUUCAGCAACUCCUACCGGGCAGCGUGCAGCAGCGAUUUCGAUCCCAAAUCGCUGGCUCGAGAAACCCUUGGCAGAAAGUCGCGGCCAGAUAGGACUUCGUGCAGAUGGGUCUGCUUUCCAGCAAUGGUUUGUCGCCCGUGGUGAUGUGGUGGACAAAGGAGAUCAGCUGUAUAGUGUGCUUGACUCAGGCAACCUGCGAAUUGUGCCAUCACCGGCCUACGGCCAAGUGGUAGAGAUGCUCUCUGAUUUACUGCCAGGGGAUGUUCUAAAGCCUGGCAUGAGGCUGAUGAUCAUCCAGAGGCGGACACGAAUACUUUGGUCUACUCUUGGGUGGAUUAUGGCUGGAUGCGGUUGUGCUGGAGUGCUCAUCGCGGCAGCCUGUUGUGGCUCUUAUUCACCUGCAGAGCCUCCGCCGCUUGUUCUGGACGAAGAUGACUUCCUCGUGCUCGAGUUCAGGACGCCCACUGGAUGGAUGCAAACGGGCAUUUGGAAAAAUAAGCCGCUCGGGCUCGGCUUUCACAAAUCGCUGCCUGCAAUUGUUGCCUAUGUGAGUGACGACGCGCAGCAUUCCGGGGUGCUGGCGGGAGACGAGCUCGUAAAACUUGGCACCGAAAAGAAUGGGCUGCGCCCGAUCCGGAGCAAGUCCUACGAUGAGUUCUGGUCACAGCUCAGCGGCUUGGUUUCUCAACUUCCUGAUGUGCCCCGCAUGCUCUUGGAGUUUCAGACGGUCGACGGAAGGUCUAGACAGUUGGAGUGGAAAACGAAGCCUCUCGGCCUUGCCUUCGACGGCAAAUCGCCGGUCGUGAUGGAGGUGCACGAAGAGGCUCUCCACAUGAACGUACAAGUGGGCGACAAGCUGACACGGUACGGAAUGGACAAAAACAUGCUGCUUCCGGUGGAAGGCAAGCCCUUCGACGAGGUCCUAAAAGACAUACACAGUCACAUGGCAGACUGUCCGACUGCGGUUCGCAUGAUCUGCGUGUUCGAGCUUCCGGACAAGAGCUUGAGGGAGUUCAUGUGGCAUGCACGGCCUCUGGGUCUCGCUUUUGGCACUGCCUCACCACCUGUGGUCUCCAAAGUCGAACGUCCUGCGGACGUGAAAGGCAUAAAGGAAGGAUACAUUUUGCGGCGCUUCGGAAGUGAUUUUCGCCGCCUGGAGACAACAGAAGGUCAAAGCACCGGCCAGAUCCUCGCCGACAUGCAGAAGUUUGCAAACUUGCUACCCGAUGCCACCAUGCAGGAUGUAAAGGUGCCUUCGCCGUCCAAGUGGGGUGAGGUCGUGUCAUCCCUGCCGGUGGUGAGACUCUCCGAGCAGAGUUCCCUCGGAAGUCCGAGCAAGCGUCUCGGCUUCUCACCACAAGUCGGCUUCGGCGACGCAUCCCUAUCUCUAUGGAGUCCCGAGCCCCUGGCCAAACCGAAGGCUCCAGGCCAGUCAGCUCUGGCAUCUGAAUUCUGGCGGACGCAUGAGCGGUAUGCCUUGCAGCGGUCUCGGGAAGCCGCACGGCAAGCGGAGAUCAAGAAAGAAGAGAUUCCCCAGACCACGCACAGUGAGACCACCAUCCAGUCUCAAACGCAGGUGCAGUGGAAGCCAGGUGUUCAAUCCUCGCCUUCCCUGGAGGCCUACCUGCCCACCCUUGCGACCAGAUCGGAACCUUUGACUCUGUGA